GGCGGAGCCGGUGCGGACGCCUGAGGUGUAGCCGGAGUGGAGCGAGUAGCUCCGGCAGCCGCGGCGCGGCGAAGGUGACACACCAGGAUUACAACCCCUAGAGACCUUCUUGCUGGCGAGCAGCACUCCCUGGCUUCCCGGUCCGCCUCUGCCGCCUCGGCAGCGCUCGGAGCCGGCUGCAGGAGUUGAGCCGUUCCGCACCAGAGGGUUUGGCGAAGCCCUUGGAGGCGUACGAGGCAGCAGAGGGCCGGGAAGGGUGCGCGAGCGCUCGAGGGUCAGGCGGUCGGCCGGGGUCGCGGCUGGAGGGGCGUUUCGGAGGCGUGGAGGAGGAGGAGAUGCUGCUGCUCUUUUCCCCCUCCCCAGGCUCCUUCUCCAGCUCCUUCGGCCCACGCUCGCAGCCGCUUGGGGAAGAAGAGGUGGAGGCUCUCGGCGCCCGCGGGGGCUGCCGGCUGCCCACCCCGACGCCGCGUCCCCGCAGCCCUCGUCCCGCGCUCCAGUAGUAGGACCGGGUCUCCGGAAGAGCGGUGGAACAAAAGCCAUCAGAAUUCAUUUCCUGAUAUGAAAGUUGUGCUGUGUUGGCCAUGGAUUAAAACAGAACAGUCCUGUAAUGAAGAAUGUAAAACUUGUUUAUCUAAAAAUCUCCAUACUAAAAGAAUGGUACCAAUUCCAAUAAGGUAAUAUGCAUGUGACACUAGCUGAGGCCCUGGAGGUUCGGGGUGGACCACUGCAGGAGGAAGAGAUAUGGGCUGUAUUAAAUCAAAGUGCCGAAAGUCUCCAAGAAUUAUUCAGAAAAGUAAGCAUAGCUGAUCCUGCUGCUCUUGGCUUCAUCAUUUCUCCAUGGUCUCUGCUAUUGCUGCCAUCUGGUAGCGUGUCAUUUACAGAUGAAAAUAUUUCCAGUCAGGAUCUUCGAGCAUUCACUGCACCAGAGGUUCUUCAGAAUCAAUCACUAACUUCCCUCUCCGAUAUUGAAAAGAUCCAUAUUUAUUCUCUUGGAAUGACAUUGUAUUGGGGGGCUGAUCAUGAAGUACCUCAGAGCCAACCUAUCAAGCUUGGAGAUCAUCUCAACAGUAUACUGCUUGGAAUGUGUGAGGAUGUUAUUUAUGCUCGGGUUUCUGUUCGGACUGUCCUGGACGCUUGCAGUGCCCACAUUAGGAAUAGCAAUUGUGCACCCUCAUUUUCCUACGUGAAGCAGUUGGUAAAACUGGUUCUGGGAAAUCUUUCUGGGACGGAUCAGCUUUCCCGUAACAGUGAGCAAAAGCCUGAUCGAAGCCAGACUAUCCGAGACCGAUUGAGAGGAAAAGGAUUACCAACAGGAAGAAGCUCUACUUCUGAUGUACUAGAUACAUACAAGUCUCCGUUCUCUCAUCAGACCUUUCUUAACAAAGGGCUUAGUAAAUCUAUGGGAUUUCUGUCCAUCAGAGACACACAAUAUGAAGAAGAUUAUUUCAAGGACAUUUCAUCAGAUAAUAAUUCUGGACAUGAAGAUUCUGAAAAUUCUUGCUCCCCUUACCAGUUCAAAACUAGUGGCCCAGAAAAAAAAGCUAUCCCUGGCAUUGAUGCGCUUCCCAAGAAGAAGAUUUGGGCUUCAUCCAUGGACUUGCUUUGCACAGGUGACAGAGACGUCUCUUCUGGGGAGACUGACAGACACCAACACUGUCUGCCUGAGGCGGUAACAGUACGGACUUCAACUACUCCUAGGAAAAAGGAGGCAAGAUACUCAGAUGGAAGCAUAGCCUUGGAUAUCUUUGGCCCUCAGAAAAUGGAUCCAGUGUUUCACACACGAGAAUUGCCCACCUCCUCAGCAAUAUCAAGUGCUUUGGACCGAAUCCGAGAAAGACAAAAGAAACUUCAGGUUCUGAGAGAAGCCAUGAAUGAAGAAGAACCAAUUCGAAGAUACAAAACUUACCACAGUGAUGUCUUUAGUACCUCCAGUGAAAGUCCAUCUAUUAUUUCCUCUGAAUCAGAUUUCAGACAAGUGAGAAAAAGUGAAGCGUCAAAGAGAUUUGAGUCCAACAGUGGUCUCCCAGGGGUAGAUGAAACCCCAAGUCAAGGCCAGUCACAGAGACCAAGCAGACAAUAUGAAACACCCCUUGAAGGCAACUUAAUUAAUCAAGAGAUUAUGCUAAAACGGCAAGAAGAAGAAAUGAUGCAGCUGCAAGCCAGAAUGGCCCUUAGACAGUCUCGACUGAACCUGUAUCCAGGAGACACACUCAAAGCUUCCAUGCUUGACAUCACCAGGGAUCCCUUAAGAGAAAUGGCCCUAGAAACAGCCAUGACCCAAAGAAAACUAAGAAAUUUCUUUGGCCCUGAGUUUGUGAAAAUGACGAUUGAACCAUUUAUAUCUUUGGAUUUGCCGCGGUCUAUCCUUACCAAGAAAGGGAAGAAUGAGGAUAACCGAAGAAAAGUAAACAUAAUGCUUCUGAGUGGACAGAAACUGGAACUGACUUGUGAUACCAAAACUAUAUGUAAAGAUGUGUUUGAUAUGCUUGUGGCCCAUAUUGGCUUAGUGGAACAUCAUUUGUUCGCUUUAGCUACCCUCAAAGAUAAUGAAUAUUUCUUUGUUGAUCCUGAUCUAAAAUUAACCAAAGUGGCCCCAGAGGGAUGGAAAGAAGAACCAAAGAAAAAGAGCAAAGCCUCCGUUAAUUUUACUUUGUUUUUUCGAAUUAAAUUUUUCAUGGAUGAUGUUAGUCUAAUACAACAUUCUCUGACCUGUCAUCAGUAUUAUCUUCAGCUGCGAAAAGAUAUCUUGGAGGAGAGGAUGCACUGUGAUGAUGAGACUUCUUUAUUACUAGCAUCCUUGGCUCUACAAGCUGAGUAUGGAGAUUAUCAACCAGAGGUUCACGGUGUGUCUUAUUUUAGACUGGAGCAUUAUUUACCUCCCAGAGUGAUGGAGAAACUUGAUUUAUCCUAUAUUAAAGAAGAGUUACCGAAAUUGCAUAAUACCUAUGUGGGAGCUUCUGAAAAAGAGACAGAGUUAGAAUUUUUAAAGGUCUGCCAAAGACUGACAGAAUAUGGAGUUCAUUUUCACCGGGUGCACCCUGAGAAAAAGUCACAAACAGGAAUACUGCUUGGAGUCUGUUCUAAAGGUGUCCUUGUGUUUGAGGUUCACAAUGGAGUUCGCACAUUGGUCCUUCGCUUUCCAUGGAGGGAAACCAAGAAGAUUUCUUUUUCCAAAAAGAAAAUCACAUUGCAAAAUACAUCAGAUGGAAUAAAACACGCCUUCCAGACAGACAACAGUAAGAUAUGCCAGUAUCUGCUGCACCUCUGCUCUUCCCAGCAUAAGUUCCAGCUGCAAAUGAGAGCAAGACAGAGCAACCAAGAUGCCCAGGAUAUCGAGAAAGCUUCAUUUAGGAGCCUGAAUCUCCAAGCAGAGUCCGUUAGAGGAUUUAAUAUGGGACGAGCAAUCAGCACCGGUAGUCUGGCCAGCAGCACCCUGAACAAACUUGCCGUUCGACCUCUGUCGGUUCAAGCUGAGAUUCUGAAGAGGCUAUCCUGCUCAGAGCUGUCGCUUUACCAGCCAUUGCAAAACAGCGCAAAAGAGAAGAGUGACAAAGCUUCUUGGGAGGAAAAGCCUAGAGGGAUGAGUAAAUCAUACCACGAUCUGAGUCAGGCCUCUCUCUAUCCUCAUCGGAAAAAUGUCAUUGUUAACAUGGAAUCCCAACCACAAACCACUGCAGAGUUGGUAGGAAAACCAUUUCACCAGAUGGCGAGAUCUGAUACGGAAUCUUUGGCAGGAUUCACAAAACUUAAUAAUUCAAAGUCUGUUGCAAGUUUAAAUAGAAGUCCUGAAAGGAGGAAACAGGAAUCAGACUCCUCAUCCUUUGAAGACCCUGGUCAAGCAUAUGUUAUAGGAAUGACUUUGCAUAGUUCUGGAAAUUCUUCAUCCCAAGUACCCUUAAAAGAAAAUGAUGUGCUACACAAAAGAUGGAGCAUGGUAUCUUCACCAGAAAGGGAGAUCACCCUGGUUAACCUGAAAAAAGAUACAAAGUAUGGCUUAGGAUUUCAAAUUAUUGGUGGAGAAAAGAUGGGAAGACUGGAUCUAGGUAUAUUUAUUAGUUCAAUCACCCCUGGAGGACCAGCUGACUUGGAUGGAUGCUUAAAGCCAGGAGACCGUUUGAUAUCUGUGAAUAGUGUGAGUCUGGAGGGGGUCAGCCACCAUGCUGCAAUUGAAAUUUUGCAAAAUGCACCUGAAGACGUGACACUUGUUAUCUCUCAGCCAAAAGCAAAGAUAUCCAAAGUGCCUUCUACUCCUGUGCACAUUGGCAUUGGCAUGAAAAACUACAUGAAGAAAGCUUCCUACAUGCAAGACAGUGCUGUAAAUUCUUCUGAGGAUCACUGCUGGCCACGUGGCACCCCAAGGCACAUCUCAGAUAGCUCAUUUGGGCUGUCUGGGGGCCUGCGGGAGGGAAGCCUGAGUUCUCAAGAUUCCAGGACUGAGAGUGCCAGCUUGUCCCAGAGCCAGGUCAAUGGUUUCUUUGUCAGCCAUGUAGGUGACCGAAGCAGGCAGGAAUCACAGCACGGCAGCCCUUCCCCAUCUGUGGUAUCCAAAGCCAUUGAGAAAAAGGGGACUUCUACUGACAGUAACCAAAGCAAAGCUAAAAAAGCAGGCAUUUAUGAUGCAACAGAUUACUCUGACCGUGGAGAUUCAGACAUGGAUGAAGCCACUUAUUCCAGCAGUCAGGAUCAUCAAACGCCAAAAAAGGAAUCUUCCUCCUCAAUGAAUACAUCCAACAAAAUGAAUUUUAAAACUUUUCCUUCAUCACCUCCUAAACCUGGAGAUAUCUUUGAGGUUGAACUGGCUAAAAAUGAAAACAGCUUGGGGAUAAGUGUCACGGUACUGUUUGACAAGGGAGGUGUGAAUACCAGUGUCAGACAUGGUGGCAUUUAUGUGAAAGCUGUUAUUCCCAAGGGAGCAGCGGAGUCCGAUGGCAGAAUUCACAAAGGUGAUCGUGUCCUAGCUGUCAAUGGAGUUAGUCUGGAAGGAGCUACUCAUAAGCAAGCUGUGGAGACACUGAGAAAUACCGGACAGGUGGUUCAUCUGUUGUUAGAAAAGGGACAGUCUCCAGCAUCCAAAGAACAUGUCCCUGUAACCCCACAGUGUACCCUCUCAGAUCCAGAUGCCCAAGGUCAAGCCCCAGAAAAAAUGAUGAAGAAAAUGACUCACGUCAAAGACUACAGCUUUGUUACUGAAGAGAAUACAUUUGAGGUGAAAUUGUUUAAAAAUAGCUCAGGCCUAGGGUUCAGUUUUUCUCGAGAAGAUAAUCUUAUACCCGAGCAAAUGAACGUCAGCAUAGUAAGGGUUAAAAAGCUCUUUCCGGGACAGCCAGCAGCAGAAAGUGGACAAAUUGAUGUGGGAGAUGUUAUCUUGAAAGUGAAUGGAGCCUCUUUGAAAGGACUGUCUCAGCAGGAAGUCAUAUCCGCUCUCAGGGGAACAUCUCCAGAAGUAUCCUUGCUUCUCUGUAGACCACCACCUGGUGUGCUACCAGAAAUCGACCCUGCUCCUUUGACCCCACUGCACUCUCCAGCACAAGUACCUCCAAACAACAGUAAAGACCCUCUUCAGACAGCAUGUGUGGAGCAAGGCACCAGCUCAGAUGAAAAUGAAAUGUCUGACAAAAGCAAGAAACCACGCACGUCCCCAUCCAGGAGAGACAGUUAUAGUGACAGUAGUGGGAGUGGAGAAGAUGACUUAGUGAAAGCUCCAGCAAAGAUACCAAAUAUGAGCUGGAGUUCAGCUUUGCAUCAGACUCUAAGCAACAUGGUGUCACAGGCACAAAGUCAACACGACGCACUCAGGAGUCAAGAAAAUACCAUUUGUACCAUGUUUUACUAUCCUCAGAAAACACCUAAUAAACCAGAACUUGAGGAGAGUAAUCCUUCCCCUCGACCACCCGAUGUAACUCCUGGGCAGAGUUGUCAAUCUCAGUCAGAAUCUGCUUCCACUAAUUCAAUGGAUAAAUAUCAUAUAUGUCACACUUCUGAGCCAACUAGACAGGAAAGCUUGACGUCUUUGAAAAAUGACUUGGAAAACCACCUUGAAGACUUUGAACUGGAGAUAGAACUCCACAUUACCCUAAUUAAGUCGGAAAAAGGAAGCCUGGGUUUUACAGUAACCAAAGGCAAUCAGAGUAUUGGUUGUUAUGUUCAUGAUGUCAUUCAGGAUCCAGCCAAAAGUGACGGAAGGCUAAGACCUGGGGACCGGCUCAUAAAGGUUAAUGAUACAGAUGUUACAAAAAUGACUCACACAGAUGCAGUGAAUCUACUCCGAGCUGCGCCCAAGACAGUCAGAUUAGUUCUUGGCCGAGUUCUAGAAUUACCCAGGAUGCUAGUGCUGCCUCAUUUGCUACCUGACAUUACAUUUACAUGCAACAAAGAGGAGCUGGGUUUUUCCUUAUCUGGAGGUCACGACAGCCUUCAUCAAGUGGUAUAUGUUAGUGAUAUCAAUCCGAGGUCAGUUGCAGCCACUGAGGGUAAUCUCCAGCUCUUAGACAUCAUCCACUAUGUGAACGGAGUCAGCACACAAGGAAUGACUUUGGAAGAAGCUAAGAGAGCAUUAGACAUGUCACUUCCUUCAGUGGUGCUGAAAGCAACAAGAGAUGGUCAUCCAGUGGUUCCCAGUUCUAAGAGGUCUGCUGUUUCAGCUCCAAAGUCAGCCAAAGCCAAUGGUCAUCACAUUGCGGAGCCUUGUGGCAAACCGGCACUCACACCUAAUAACUCAUUCUCCAAGGUUAAUGGGGAAGAAAUAAUUGAAAUUUUGUAUGCUGAAGGAAAAUGUUCUACUUAUCAGAUGAAGGAAUCAGCAAACCUGAUUCUGUCCAAAGAAUCUGAUGUACAAGAAGAUGAUAUUUAUGAUGAUCCUCAAGAAGCUGAAGUUAUCCAGUCUCUGCUGGAUGUUGUGGAUGAGGAAGCUCAGAAUCUUUUAAACCAAAAUAAUGCAGCACGAGAUGCCUGUGCUCCAGGUGCAUUGAAAACCAGUGGGAAGUUAUCUGAAGAGAGAGCAGAAGAUACAGACUAUGAUGGUUCACCUUUACCUGAAGAGUUUACGGAGUCAACCAAAAUGAAUGGCUGUGAGGAAUAUUGUGAAGAAAAAGUAAAAACUGAAAGCUUAAUUCACAAGUCAGCAGAAAAGAAGACUGAUGAUGAUGAUGAAAUAACAUGGGGAAGUGAUGAAUUGCCAAUAGAAAUGACAAACCACGAAGAUUCCAAUAAAGGUCAUCCCUUUCUGACAGAUGAGGAGCUCACCACACUCCCCAUUGUCAAAGUGCUUCCCUCCAGUAAAUACACCGGUUCGGAGUUGAAAUCAGUCAUUCGAAUGUUGCGGGGUUUACUAGAUCAAGGAAUUCCGUCUAAGGAGCUAGAGAAUCUUCAAGAAUUAAAACCUUUGGAUCAGUGUCUAAUUGGACAAACUAAGGAAAACAGAAGGAAGAACCGAUAUAAAAAUAUACUUCCCUACGAUGCUACAAGAGUGCCUCUUGGAGAUGAAGGUGGAUAUAUCAACGCCAGCUUCAUUAAGAUACCAGUGGGGAGAGAAGAAUUCGUCUACAUUGCCUGCCAAGGACCUCUCCCUACAACCGUUGGAGAUUUCUGGCAGAUGAUUUGGGAGCAAAAAUCCACAGUGAUAGCCAUGAUGACCCAAGAAGUAGAAGGGGAAAAAAUCAAAUGCCAGCGCUAUUGGCCUAAUGUCCUAGGCAAAACAACAAUGGUCAGCGACAGGCUUCGACUGGCUCUUGUGAGAGUGCAGCAGCUAAAGGGCUUUGUAGUAAGGGCAAUGACCCUAGAAGACAUUCAGACAGGAGAGGUGCGACAUAUUUCUCAUCUGAAUUUCACUGCCUGGCCAGACCACGAUACACCUUCUCAGCCAGACGACUUGCUCACUUUUAUCUCUUACAUGAGACACAUUCAUAGAUCGGGCCCAAUCACCACACACUGCAGCGCCGGCAUUGGACGUUCAGGGACCCUGAUAUGCAUAGAUGUGGUUCUAGGAUUAAUCAGUCAAGAUCUUGAAUUUGACAUCUCUGAUUUAGUGCGCUGCAUGAGACUACAACGACAUGGAAUGGUUCAGACAGAGGAUCAGUAUAUUUUCUGCUAUCAAGUCAUCCUUUAUGUCCUGACACGUCUUCAAGCUGAAGAAGAGGAGAAAGAGCAGGCCCCGCCUCUGAAAUGACCUGACAAGAACAGCCUUCUGGACGUCUGUCCAUUUCUCUGCUAACUUCCAGCAGACGCUCCUGCUGUCCAUUUAAAAUAAAGAUCACAGGGCAGUAAGUCCAUAAAACAUCAUUAUGCUUAUUCUCCUCUACCUUAGAGGGGCAUUCUUAAUAACAAUAAAUAAUGGUAAAUGCUGUAUGUUUACAGCUACUUUAACCUGUGAUAAUUAUCAAAGAUUUUUUUUAACACUAACUGAAUAAUGCAGAUCUUAGGGAUGAUUAAGGCAGCAUUUGACUCUAGUUGACAUUGUUACAAGGACACACUGAGUCUAUUUUUAACGCACCAAUCUUGUUUAUAGCGAAAUUAUUUUCCAGUAUUUUUUUAAAACUAGAGCUAUUUUAUAGGGGAUACUUGAAACCAGUAUUUAAGCUUUAAAUGACAGUAAUAUUGGCAUAGAAAAAAAGGUAGCAAACGUUUACUAUAUCAAUUUCUAAUGUUUACUAUCUAGAACUUCCUGUAAUAUAUUUAUAUACUUUUUCAUGAAAAUGGACAUAUCCAAUGUUUGUAACUGCAUCAUGUUAUACAUCAUCUCACUUUGUAAAUAAAAAUACACAUUAAAACAUGAACAAGCCAAAAG